UGCCACCGCGCCGCUCGCUCCGCCGGAGGGCCAGCCCAGCCUAGCCCAGCCACACGAGCCCAGCCCGGCCCGCCAUGAGCUCCAUCCUCGACGUCCACGCUCUCUACGAGAACCUGCUGCAUCUGUCACUGAGCGAAGAGAAUGAUGCGCCAGGGUCUCGCCUCUCGCGACGCCAUUCGGCCUGCUCGUCAGACACACCCUACAGCAGCGGGGACCCGUCUCCAGUCUGGCCCCUGCGCAGCCACUGGAGCCCCAGCCCCGAGCAGCUCCGUCCGAUGGCCGAGGAGUCCCGGCGCCCCCCUCUGCGUCCUGAUCGCUCAGUCAGCCUCAUUGAGGGCAAGGCCCUGCCACCCCCUCCACCGGGCUUCCCACCCCUCAAGCUGAAUGCCCAGGCUCCAGCUGUCUCGUCGCGCUACAAAACAGAGCUGUGCCGCACCUUCAGCGAGACGGGCAAGUGCAAGUACGGUGCCAAGUGCCAGUUUGCCCACGGCGCCUCCGAGCUGCGUGCCAUGACCCGCCACCCCAAGUACAAGACGGUGCUGUGCCACAAGUUCUUCCAAACCGGGGACUGCCCCUACGGGUCUCGAUGCCACUUCAUCCACUACCCCGACGAGGCCCGGAUCCACUCGUCCAGCUCUUCUCCGCAGCUUCUGCGCCAAAGCGUCAGCUAUUCGGAGGGGCCAGCCCGCCGGGUGUCCCCGUUGCCCAGCAUCCCGGAUCCUGCCUCCUUUACCCGGGCUCCAUCGGCCUCGCCGCCGCCUGCCCCCACCGACCUCCUUUCUCCGACUUUCAGCCGCCUGAAUUCAGACCCCAUCCCCCGCAUCUCCACCCUGGGCGAGCCCCUUUCCCUCCCCGGGAUGCGCUUCUCAUGCCGCUGUGGAAUGGACCCCGCCCCACUCAGUCAGUUUUGGUCCUCCCAGGACUACUCUGCCUCCCCUGGGACGCCCGUCUCAGCAGCCUCCCUUCUGCCCCGGAGCCCCUCCUCCAGCUCCCUCUCUGACCCCGAGAGCUCCAGCAGCUGCAGCGGAUCUGAUUCGCCGGUCUUUGACGCGCCACCCCCCGGCGGGCCGGUGGGGAGCGCCCGCAGGCUGCCCAUCUUCAACCGGCUUUCUGUCUCAGAUUGAGCCGCAUGGACUCGGCACAGGGCUGGGGUUGCCAGAAGGGGAGUGAUUUCUCAAUCUAUGUCUGUACGUAAGACUUUCCCUCGAGGGGGUCCUCAGUCCACCCACUGGCUCGCUGACUGCCUCUUCUGAGCUGGGGCAACGUGUGAAGUCUCACCCCGGUGUGCAAGUGGGCCCUUUCCAGAUCCAAGAGAGCAGAAAGAUCAUUCCUGCCUUAUACCGUCCAAGAGUGCCUGCAGAGGGUUGCCUUUUAAGAACCUCAGUCAGCUCCGGUUGUUUUCUGCCCACUGGAUGGGCUGACAGGGACAGCCCUGUGUGUGUGUGUGUGUGUGUGUGUGUGUGUGUGUGUGUGUGUGUGCGCGUGCGCGUGUGCGUGGUUGGCAGUUGAGAUCAGCCGGCUGACCAGACGCAGCCUUGGCACCAGCACAGUUGCCCAAGCUCCUCCCCGCUUUCUCAUGUGCACAUUCUCCCCCGUUCUUGUUAUGCUUCUUCUCUCUGCCAAUGCUGUGAGAUGUGAGCCUCUUUUUGCUACCAUCAGGGUGGCAUCCGGGGACACAGAAAGCAAACUGGAAACCUCCUUCUUUCCAGUGAGGAGGUGGAAGGGAGGGGGAGGGGGGGGGUCUGCAGGCAGGUUCCCUUCAGCACUUUUUCUCUUUGGGGCAUGGAGAGAAGGGGGGGGGGUUUGGGUGGCUGCUGUCAUUUUACAGGCUGGGUUUGGCCCGAGACUUGCUCUGGACUUUCUUGCCUUAUGUCACAUAACCAGGGGUGAAA